GAAAGGUCGCCGUUUUCCCGAUGAGAGGACGACGAUGGACGACAUGCUGCGCCGGAUCCUCUCCAGGCUGAGCGACACCCGAGACGUCGCCGCUUGCUCCUUUGUCUCCCGGCGCUGGCGAGAGGCCACCGCUUUCAUCCCUUCCCUCCACUUCCUCAGCAAUGCCUUGCAAGGACUGUCGACGCCGACAUCUUACGCAUGGUUUCCGCCGCCGCCUCCUCCCUCGAGGAUCUCGUCAUCCACUGUCCCUUUUUCGGCCUUAGCCUCGCCUCCUGCCUCGCCCUCUGCGACCGAUCCCUCCGCUCCCUCGAUCUCCACGUGAACUUCUUCGACGGCGGGCUCGACUGCGUCAGCCUCGCCAAAGGGUUAGAGUCUCUCAAGCUCUGGCAUCCCUCCCUGAUUUCUUCUCCCAAUUGGGGUUUGCCCGCCUACGGGAGAUUGCGCAGAUUGGAGCUGGUCGGCGGCAUUGUUCUCAGCGAACAUUUGGCCGACGUGAUGCGUGCUUGCCCCCAUCUCACUGACUUGAUCCUAAUUAGAUGCUGUUCGGAAGGCGCGAUCUCGAUUGAACUGGAGCGAUUGGAGAGAUGCAAGUUGGACCUCUAUUUUACAGUGCAUUGUUCCCUAAAUCUGAACUCGCCGAGGCUUCAAGACCUUGAUAUCCAAGGAUUUUACCGGAUUCGAGUCGGCCAUAAUCACCGGUUAAAGAGGCUUUCCAUCGCAAACAGUGAAGGUAAUGUGACGAUGGUGGAUGUGGGGAAGCUACCGGAGCUGGAGUAUUUGUCGAUCGAAGGUCAACAUUGGUAUUGGAGUGAGAUAAGGACUCUUCUGCGAAAUGCAAUUGAGGUGGAGCACUUGGUCAUUAACAUUGAAUAUUCUGGCGAUUUCCUUGAACCAGAAACUUUUCCAGCGAUUCAAUUGGAAGAAUUCUUCAGCAACCACAGGAAACUACAAGUUGGAGGACAUCCACGGUGCGUUCUUCGCAGCAUUUCAGCAUGGUAUUAGUCCAGAAGAUGUGAGUUUUGAGUUCUGCUCGUAUUUUGGUAAUUCAUUGAUGAUCCUUGUUUAGAAUUUCUUAUUUUUGAUAUGGCAGUUGGAGCUAGAGUUUAUGAAGAACUUACUUUUGACAUGGCAGUUGGAGCUAGAGUUCAUGAUUUCUUCCUCUCUCGAGGAGCUGAUCGUCGCAGUGAGCUCGCCGCUGCAUUUGAAGGAGAAGGCGAACACACUCGAAUAUUGGCUGUAGCAUUGCGUGAAGCUGCGGAGGAUAUUGAUCAGAAUCUCGCAGAUGGUCAGUGAUGAGAAGGUUGAUGAUUUCUUUGAAGACAUUGGCAAUAUCAGGAACUUGUACUGCACGAUCGUCCAGAUUGACUUACAAUUAUCUACCGUGCCUGUGUAAACUAUACCAUGCAGCUCUCUAUCAGUUCUAAUGUCUGCAAGAUUAUUAAUCCUUCGCAUGU